UUCAGCUCAGUUGAUGCUCUGCCGCCGUAGGUACCUGUUCAGUGUCGUUUGCUUGCCCCGUGCCGACGGCUCGCGCGUGUGUGUGUGUGUGAGUGCGUUUUAACUUACAUCUACUGGUUCGUUGUUGUCAAUAGUUUUUCGUGCAAUUGAUUAAAUUUGUUGAAUUUUAAAUCGACCCCGUUGUAACCACAACAAAACGAUUGUUAGCAGAUUUUUUUUUCAAAUCGAUCUGCGUACGUAUUUUUAUCGAUAGUGUUUUUUGUUGUCAAUCGAAAAUUGUAGUGAAUAAUUAGUGCAUUUUGUUUUUUUUUAAUAUUGUAAAACUCGAGUGUUCGCGAUACGCUUCAACAGCUAACGGAUAGCAGAUACAUUGUGUUACAGGAUUGACCUAGGACCUUAUUUGUAUAUUGAAUGAAUUUUGGACAACGAUAACGUGCAACGACGUCAUCAAUUUAAUUUAAGAGAAAAUUGAGUUGAAAACAAUGAACAUGAUUGUACCACUAUACGAAAGGUGAUAUUGAAACGGGACAAACAAAUUAAGACGUUUCCAAAAUGACAGUAAAAAUCAAUAACGUUAAUCAACUUCAGAUUCAAGUACAUUCUUCAAACGCUACGCGAUCAAUUUUCGUUGCUUUCAGCUGAAGAAAUAUUAUGGAUUCCGGGUUUAGCAACAUGUUAGAAAAAACAAGAAAGUAUUUUCAAGGGAUUCCGACGGACGGGCCUUUGUCUUUUCCGCAUCACCAGCCUCACCAGCAUCACCCAGAUACUAAUGGUAGGACGGUGAUGACAUCUGAACCUAUGGUGGAACGCUUCGGUUACCAUUCGCACUUGCGGUACAGCUAUCAGCCGUAUUCGUCACCCGGCCACUAUCCGCGCACCGCUGUCGAUCCCAAACCGGCCGCUUUUCAGCACCAAUUUCAGUCGCCCUCUACGGACAUGUUUCAAAAGCGACAGCAAAUGUUUCUGACGACCGCCGCUACUUCAGCGGCGAGCGGUUCGAUGUCACCGUCACCUUAUAAAUCUCCGUUUCAACUACAGCCGAUCAAAUCACCUUUACCGCCUCCGUCGUCGUCGUCAUCGUCAUCAUCAUCUUUCAAAGGAACACCUUUGUCACAACAACAACAGCAGCAGCAGCAGCAGCAGCAGCAACAGAAACAGCUCAAUCACCAAAAUUCAGCAUACAAGUAUUCGCUCAAACCGCAGCAACCAUCUUCGUUUUCAAUUGUUCCGCCUCAACCAUCGCCAUCGCCCUACACCGUUCCUAAACCGCCGCAAACGCCGUUUACCGUGUCAAAGGAACAGCAUGGCGGUUUACAGCCCACUGUACCCGAAACACCACCGCCUACCCCUCAUUCACAUUUUUACAACAGGACACCGUCACACAGUCAAGCUUUGCUGGACAGAGAUUAUUCGAGAUUCAAGCCAAUCCACACGCCUCCCAAAUUUGUUCCGUUAGAAAGACCCAAGUCAGAAUUACCCGCAGGUAUGAGCUCGACUUCUAGCGGAUCACAAUCAUCACAUUUAGCUAUCAGGUACGAUCCAAAACUGGAGCAACCUCGCAGUGGAGUUCGAGCUUUGCCGAUAGCUCAAGCUAAACCGGACGCCAAUCGCGUAGUGGUACAAAAACCUGAACCGUUAAGGUAUCACCGAGCAGUGGCCGCCGACGAUAAAAGGCCAGCUUCGGUGCAGCCUUCAUAUUUGGAAUCCAGGCCGUUCCAAAUAAAACCUUACGACGGCGGAAGUACUAGCAACGGAAGUAGUAGUAGCUCCAGCAGUAGUAGCCAACCGUAUCAUAGACCGUUCGCUCAACAAUCUUCGGCGACGUCUGCCAGCGAUCAUCGCUGGAAUCUGUUCGGUCGACAAGACGCUCGUACGCCAGUGUUUCAACCUCUUCCGACUAUUAACGGAUUCCAACAACAGGCCUCAUCGGUGACACCCAAACAACAGCUCUCCAGCGUGCCGUCGGUCAGUCAACCACAACAACAACAGCAACAGCAGCAACAUAAACAGCCUCAAUUACCGCAACCUCAAGUCCCCACUCAAAAUCAUCCGCUCAAUUUACAGAAAUCAAAUAUUCCUGUUAGACUACCUAUUCAACUACCUCCACAGUUAAAAAUUACGCGUGAUAAUAACAAUACACAAAUGACUACUUUGAGGUUUGAGACAAAACGCGAAUCUCCUUUGGAUUUAUCUGUUAAAACUGUUUGCCGUUCAGCAGAUUCUACUGAUGAUAGGUUACACCCAUUUGGACAAGAUAUUCCAAAAGUGAACUUCAAACCUGAUUUUAAUGCCUGCCGUUCAGUACCUUUGUUGCAGCCAAAUAAUUCUCAACUUGGUCAUCAACAAGUAUCACCACCAUCUUCAUCAGCACUUCCUCAGCCUCCAGUUAACUCAAAAUCAUCCGAUGAAGCAUGGCGAGUUGCUAUUGAUAGACAAAUAGAACAAAAAUUUAUUUCGUAUACAUCUUCUAAAAAGCAACAACAUAGUCCUGCUCAAGCAGAUAAACGGGUUUUAGAAAUUUUAAAACAAAAUAUUGAAGCCAGAGAUCAGAGCAAACCACAAAUUGCUGAAGCACCAUCUACACCAGCCAUGGUAUUUUCAGCACCACAAAGGAAAGAUCCUUCAACCACUCCUCUCAAGAAAACGGAUUAUUAUAUGGCAGCUGAGCGAAGUGGGACACCAUUUCCCAAAAAAAUUGAUUAUUAUAUGGAUAGGGCCUACUGCAAUGCACCACGUAUCAGAACCAAAGCAGAGAGAAAACAAAUAUCAGCUGAAGGUUCCAGUGGAAUGAGAAUGAGUAGUCCAAUGGCUGCAGCUACAGCUAUUUCACCACAUCCAUUUUUACCUUCAAAUAAUACAACUCCAACCAAACAAGAACAAAUUCCAAUUGGUCAAACUGAAGUAGCUUUAGACCUCAAAUUAGAAAUAAAGAGCGAAUCAUCAAUAAAAGAAUCAGAUAUGGGCCUAUCAAACAAAGAAGACAUAGAAAAAGAUGAUGAUGAAGAUUUCUGGAUGAAUACAUGUAAUUCUUUUGUAUCUCAGUUAGCAGAAACACAAGAAAAGAAAAAAGUAAAACCAACAGUCAAAAGAAAGGUGUCUAAAGAACCCAAAAGAAAGUACACUAAACGUUUUAAAACUGAACCACUCUCAGAUUCUGAACAAGAAAAAAUAAUUUCUUGUAACAUAACAAAAUCCAUUGAAAAUGUAAUUAAAAAUGAGAAAAAUUACAUAGAUGAAGAAGUACCAGAGGCUGAUAAAGAAAAUGAUACAAAAUCAAUUUUAACAGAAAAUAUUGAUGAAGAAAAGUUCUCUAAUGAGGAACUUUCAAAAGAAAAACUAGAUAAAAAACCAAAGAUUGCUGUGCUGAAAAAGAAUACUAAACAAAUUAAAGUUAGAAAACCCUUUAUCAAAAAAGUUAUUAAAAAAAAAGAAUUUAAAAAAGGUAUUAGAAAAGAAAAUAGUAAAAAAGAAGAUAAAGAAUGUAAUAAAGAAGAAAAGAAAGAUCUAAAAGUAUACAAAAAAGAUUUGAAAAGUGAUAAGAAAAUUAUAAAAAAAAGAGACAGAAAAGAUUUUAAAAAAGAUGUAAAAUUUGAUAAGAAAGAAUUUAAUAAAAAAGAAGAAAAGAAAGAUUUAAAAAAGGAUGAUGACAAAGAAAUUAAAGGAGAAAAGAAAGAUAUUAAAAAAGAAGACAAAAAAGAUUUGAAAAAUGAUUCUAGAAGAGAAAUAUCAAGAAAAAGGAUUGAAAAAGAGAAUAUGACAAAAAAUGAUAAUUUAAGAAGAUCUGAUGGGAAAUUUAAUCCUAGACAAUCUUUACGGAGAAAAAAUUCAUUGAAAGACUAUACGUUUGCUUUUGAUGAGCUCCUUGAUGAUGCAUUUGCACAUUUUGAAGAAGAAAAAAUACCUACUAGACGUAGACGAAAAUCUUCUCCAUCUCCAUCAUCAACUCCAACAAUUGUAAAAAAAUUAAAAGAUAAAGAUAACGAAUCUCUAAGAAUGAGACUCAGAUCUCGUACUAAGCCAUUGAUAAAACAAGAACCUAUUAAAAAGAAAACCAUUCCUAAACGUAGGAGAAAAAAAUCAUUAGGUGAAAAGUCAUUAAAUACUCCUGACUGGAAAGAUGAAUUAUAUAAAUUUAAACGCUCAUUGCGCCUACCAUCUAAAUUAAUAUCUGUUGUAUCUCCUCCAACUGGCACUGUAGCAGCUGAUCAAGUAUCACUUACAUCUAUAAUGGACAUUACUCAUUUACCUGUUAAAGAACCUAAAAUAAAGUCUAGGUUAGUUGGUAAAAAAGGUUCCAAUAAUAAAGUUAAGCGAUUAGGACAUCUAUUUGGACGAAGAGAUGUUUUUAAAGGUCGAAUUAAAAGGGAAAAAAUUGUAUCUGCUGAAAAGUUAUUGCAACGAAAUCUAAGAAAACGUAGACAAGAAAGUGUUAAAAAAGAUGAAGAAAUCAGCAAAGAAAUGGUUGAAGUUACCGCUUCACUUAUAGAAGAAGUGAUGGAUGAAAAACCAGCACCACAAAUCUUAUAUAAAAGAAAAUUAAUGCGUAAAAAGUUUCGGUCGGGGUUUGAUUAUAUUAAAAAGAAAAAAAAGAAAGGUGCAAAUGAAUCUGUUGAAAAAAAACCCGUGUUAGUUCAGGCGCAAUUGAAGUCGAUUACUCCUAGAUUUGCCUCAGAGAUUCAAGCAGAAGUUAAGGGUUGGAUAGUGAAUAAGGGACAUGGUGAAACAAUAUUACACAGAGCAUCUAGAUUAGGUUACAAGGAUGUUGUUGGUUAUUGUAUUGAACGGCUGGAAUUUACCCCUUCAGUUGCUGACAAUGCGGGGUAUACACCUCUACAUGAAGCAUGUUCACAGGGACACUAUGAAAUUGCUAAGUUAUUACUUCAAUUUGGUGCUGAUGUCAGUGCUAGUGCACAAGGAGGAAUAAGACCCUUACAUGAAGCUGUAGAAAAUGGUGAUGUACAUUUAGUACGAUUGUUACUCAGUUAUGGUGCUGAUCCUAGAUUAGCCACUUAUUCAGGACAGUCUCCUUUAUCACUAGCUACUGAUAAAACAACAAGAAUGCUGUUAGAACAUCAUGUGAAUGACAUCCAAGGCACAGGUAAUGUGCCUGUAUGGAAUUUUGAUGAAACAUCUUUAACAAUUGAUGCUCAAAGUUUAGAUAGAGUGUUGUGGUCAUCACCACCUCAAUCUUCACUUGAAAACCCAACGUUUCAGUUUGAAUUUGCUGACCAAAUUCUUCCAGAAGUGUACACAAUACCUGAAUGUGGCGAAGACACUGAAUGGGUUUUAUUUUCAGAAGUGUCAACUGCUUUGGCUGUAAAAACAGUAGAUGCUCUAGUCAAAUUACUCAAUGAUGAAAAUGCAACAACUACUAUUGCCUUAGAUCAUUUUAAUAAUAAAUGUUUAACAGCUACAAAAUCUUUAGGAUAUAAUAAACCAGAACCCAUAAAAAAUUCUGAUAAUAGUGAUAAUAUUGUCCUAGUGCGCUACAACAACAAGAUCAAAGAAUUAUUGGGUGUGGAUAUGUACACAGUGAGUUGACAAAAAUAAAAUUCACUGGAUAAGUUACCAGGAUUUUUUUUACUUGUAAGUUAAUAAUAAACUUACAUUUUAAAGCAAACAAUAUCAAUUUAAGUUACCCAUUUUAUCUUAUAAUAUAAAAAGAACAAUUUUAAAAAUGAUUAGUUAAUUUUUAUUAUUUGCAUACAAGUAGUACUAUUUUUAUUUUGUUACUUAUAAUUAAUUGGUAUACCUCUUUGUUAUUUCUCUAAUUACAAUUUAAGUUAUAAUUAUUACAUAGAAAUUUUAAACUAACGUUUGUUUUGUUUGGUCUUUGGAGUGCAAAUAUUUAUAUAAUGUGCAAUUUUAUUAUAUAUUUUUAUGUACUAUAACAUAAUGAAUUUAAUAAGUAACUAAAGCAAAUGUAGUUAUUAUCAUUUUUUAGCUCAUUUUUAAAUUUGUGUUAAAUACUAUUAGACAAACAAUGGUUAUAAAAUUAAUUUCUUGUUUGUGUUAAACUAUUUGUGGUGUAUUGUGAUGUUUUUUUUAAGGCGUUGUUAAUUAUAAUUUUAAUGUGUCUAUUUCUAUUUAAACAAAUUAUACCUAAAAGUAUAAUUUACUUUAGUAUGAUUAUUAAUUUCUCUAAAAUUAUACUGUCAUUUUUUAUGCCACAUAAUAUUUGUAUUUUGUAAUUUAAAAUAUGUUGUUUUAAAUUAAAUAAUAUUGAUGUACAUAAUUUAUAAAUAUACAAUUUCUGUUUAUAAA